AAAAAAACUGAGAUGAUUCAUCGUGAAAGAAAAAUUAGUAAUGAUAAAAAAUAAAUUGUUAUUCAUAUCGUUUAAACCCACGUGGCUUUAUUUUAAUGGCGGACAGACAUGAAUUCUCCUGAAUAUUUUGAAUCCACGGACUUUGUAACCAGGGGUUACCAUGACUCUACAAUGUCAGAACAAGAGAUAGGUCGUGAUGAGAGUGACGGUACCGACAUCCUACUACCUCUAGCAAUUUCCCUCAACCUAGGCAAAACAUUCGGGUCUAGACGAGAAUUUGAUUUGAGGAACAAGCUUCGGGAGGCGCGGGAAAGCCAACGAAAGAUGGUGGAAGGCGUUGAAGUACACGAAUGUGGGCCAGGAGGAGAAGGCUUCCGAACCACAUUCAGCAAAACAUCAUACAUUAGAACAUGCCAAAAAUUAAUGGUUUUGUGUACCAUGUAUGAUUCUCAACGUCCCAACUCGUUUUCACUUUCGGAGGUACCCGGGAAAGCAACUCAUAACAGACUCAAACUAGUCACUUACGGACUGUCCCGUCACCAUCCUGUUUAUUCUCUGUGUAUACAGGAGGGUGAUAAUUGGUACAUGUCCCACAAACGCCUACUGCAUGUAAAUGAUCAGGAGCUAGGACUUUUUCCAGGGGGCACUGUAGCCGGGGCCAUCAACGGGGUCGGCGACGGUCCACUGGUGCCGUGUCUGCCUUGCUCGACAUGGCCACCGGCGUCCUUUAGUAUGGUUCAGAGACCCCGCAGGAGCGGAUGGCCUUCGCAGGAGGUGGUGGACAGGAUGGUGAGGAAGGGAUGUUAUGUGAUACCAUCUGAUGAUGACAAGGACGGCGAGACUGUGUUCAUGCUGUCCUUUGCUGUUCCUGAGAGAGAACUCGUUAGAUCCUUGAACCAAACGCAGAUAAACAUCUACGGCUACUGGCUGACCAUCAUAGAUCAAAAACUGCCAUCCUCCCUCAAGUCAGUCUUGAACGAGACGGUGGUGAAACAUUGCCUCUUCUGGCUUGUACAAGAUUACCCACAAGACACCUGGGUCGAGGUGAAUGUUAUCAGAUGUAUGAGUUUGGUUUUGAAAAAGUUAAUGGACGUUACAAGAAAUCGUUCCUGUCCUAAUUUCUUCGUCAAGCGUUACGACAUGUUCAUGAAUAUGACAGCAACUGAUCAAUCAAAUCUGUUGAAUUUCCUCCAAACUAUAGAUCAAACAGGAUAUAAAUACUUCCUGGAGCUGGAGCCGUUUAGUCAGCAAGAGCCUCAGUUUCGCAAUAUUCAACACUCAUUUCCCCAGAUGUGUAUUACAGAUCAUGAAGAGGAAAGAAGAUUAGAUUUUGCAUUUUUCCAAGAAGUUCAUCACACAUACUUUGAAAUGCGUCGGCUAUUCGAGCAUGCUGUCAAGACGUCCAAGCCAUUUAAACUGGAUGUCUUCAGCGCCAUACUUUUGAACUUAGAGAAGCGGUCGAGCCCAUUGCUGGACGACAAUAUCAAGAGGGUGUUGAAGGCCUACUUGUCAUUGCUGAUGGCCUGUCACCAAUGUAGAUACAUACCAAACGUCGGAGACAAGCGUUCCGCCGAUAUCGUCUGUAUUGAAGACUUGCUGAAGGAAGGCACCAAUGCUGACAUGUCGUCUGCAAAGCUCAAGAUGGCUACUUUGUAUCUUUACCUUGAGAAGCCAAAUGAGUCUGUUGAGAUCAUCAGCGACCUUAUUGCUAAGGCUAAUCAUGUAAUCGAUCUUGAUAGAAGACGCCAUUCGUCAGUUUGGAUAGAAAACCAUGAGAAUGACCGCGCCUACGAAUUAUCCGCUUGUGACAAAGGCUUCUCACGCGCAGAGAAAGUCUCGGAGUUCAUGGCACUCCCGUUAGAUAUUACAGGAGAUGAGCAUGUCAUAGUUCCAGAUGUUAUUCAAAACGAGCUAGUCGUAGGGGGCGGUCGCAUUACUUGUAACUGUUUCCUGUACUCUUACUUACUACUUAUAAUAUGUAAACAUAAGUUGGGUGAGAAGAUAGACCAGUUAGUGGAAACAUUUAGCACCUUGGUCAAAGAGUCUCGAGACGAUAGUAACGUGCAGUAUGUAUAUUACAACUGGCUGGGCUACUGUCUAAUGCUAGCUAAGAAGUUCCCAGAGGCACAACAGUGUUUUGAGGAAUCCUUAAAAAUCAAGGAUACUGAUAACGCGGCUGUAAAGCUCUUAGAGAUGUUAAGCAAUACAUGAGAAAGUUGAGUUUAGAAGCGGCAAGGAAAGAAUUUCAUGGUCAAGUUCAAUAUUGUAGCCGUAAGGUAAGACAUUCCGGAGAAAGUUAAAUGUUGAGGCGAUAAGGUAAGAAUUUCCUAGGAAAGUUCAAUGUAGAGACAGCAAGGUAAGAAUUUCCUAGGAAAGUUCAAUGUAAAGGUGGCAAGGUAGGAUUUGGGAAUGACAGCAGUUGUAAAGUUAAUAUCAUUAUGUUGUGGCUUUAAGCGUAGGUCCAGCAUUUUACAGAAAUUAUGUAGAGUGUACAUUAAAUUGUAAUAUAACCAGAGCGGAAGAAUGGAUUUGGCGGACAUUACACUUUACUAGAAAGAUUGGUGGUAAGAAGUAGUCGAAGUGAUGUGCAAAUUUUUCGUUUUCACGAUUGGCAUUUUAGUAUUAAUUGCAGCUUCUUUGGAUAUUAACUUCUGCAAAGUUUUGUUUCCACGAAUAUCAACGUUAAAAGAAUGUGCUGUUAUAAGCACUUACAUCUGUAUACAUUAUUCGGGCUACUGAGGUCAACAUUUACGAACAUAUUCCUAUGAUUGUUUAAGACACUGUUUUCAUCAUUUAAUUAUAACUCUGGGCAUUAUAAAAAUAAAGUUUGUCUGAUGAUAA